CGCCGCCGCCGCUCUCGAGGCCGCUGCCGCCGCCGUCGCCGCGCAGAGCCGGAGCAGGAGCCACGGCCGAGUGGAGGGAGGAGGAGGAGGAGGAGGUGGAGGAGGCGCCGGACCGGGGGGGAUAGAUUCCCAGAAGUGGGAUAACUGGAUCAGAGGGUGGUUACCCUGUGUAUAAGAGUGUGUGUCUCACUGCACCUUCAAUGGCAUUGAGUAGAUUGUCAGUAUUUAAACAGACCACAUCAUGCGUGAGUACAAGCUAGUGGUCCUUGGUUCAGGAGGCGUGGGGAAGUCUGCUCUGACCGUUCAAUUUGUUCAGGGAAUUUUUGUGGAAAAAUAUGACCCAACGAUAGAAGAUUCCUACAGAAAGCAAGUUGAAGUAGACUGCCAACAGUGUAUGCUCGAAAUCCUGGAUACAGCGGGAACGGAGCAAUUUACAGCGAUGAGAGAUUUGUAUAUGAAGAAUGGCCAAGGGUUUGCACUAGUAUAUUCUAUUACAGCUCAGUCCACGUUUAAUGACUUACAGGACCUGAGGGAACAGAUUUUACGGGUUAAGGACACAGAAGAUGUUCCAAUGAUUUUGGUUGGCAAUAAAUGUGACCUGGAAGAUGAGCGAGUAGUUGGCAAAGAACAGGGUCAGAAUUUAGCAAGACAGUGGUGUAACUGUGCCUUUUUAGAAUCUUCUGCAAAGUCAAAGAUCAACGUUAAUGAGAUAUUUUAUGACCUGGUCAGACAGAUAAAUAGGAAAACACCAGUGGAAAAGAAGAAGCCCAAAAAGAAAUCAUGUCUGCUGCUUUAGACCUGCAGUAAGCAGCAGCUCUGAGCCAGAUUUACAGGAAUGAAGAACUGUUGCCUAAUUGGAAAGUGCCAGCAUUCCAGACUUCAAAAAAUAAAUCUGAAGAGGCUUCUUCUGUUUUAUAUAUUAUGUGAAGAAUUUAGAUCUUAUAUUGGUUUGCACAAGUUCCCUGGAGAAAAAAAAAAUUGCUCUGUGUAUAUCUCUUGGAAAAUAAGACAAUAGUAUUUCUCCUUUGCAAUAGCAGUUAUAACAGAUGUGAAAAUAAAUAUACUUGACUCUAAUAUGAUUAUACAAAAGAGCAUGGAUGCAUUUCAAAUGUUAGAUAUUGCUACUAUAAUCAGAUGAUUUCAUAUUGACCUUUUUAUCAUGUUUCUUCCCUGUCAAGCACUAAAAAGUUGAACCAUUAUACUUUAUAUCUGUAAUGAUAUAGAUUAUGAAAAUUUCCCCUCAAACUCAUUGCAGCAGAUAACUUUUUUGAGUCAUUGACUUCAUUUUAUAUUUAAAAAAUUAUGAAAUAUCAUUCUGUCAUUAUAUUCUAAUUAAAAUUGUUUGUGCAUAAUGCUUUGGAAAAAUGGGUCUUUUAUAGGAAAAAACUGGGAUAACUGAUUUCUAUGGCUUUCAAAGCUAAAAUAUAUAAUAUACUAAACCAACUCUAAUAUUGCUUCUUGUGUUUUACUGUCAGAUUAAAUUACAGCUUUUAUGGAUGAUUAAAUUUUAGUACAUUUUCAUUUGGUUUGUGUGUUUUUGUUAUUGUUUAUAGAUUUAAGGCCUUUAUUUUAUAAUGAUCACAUCAUUUUAAAUGCAGGCAGUAGCUCCUUUCUGGUUGGUCCCUACAGAGCACUUGGCUUUAAAUCCCUAAGUAAAUGGUGAUCUCUCUAUGAACAGACCUCGCACUUUCUGUUCUAGAUAUAUUUAUUCCUAUUAUACAGUAAAGUACAUGAGACUACAUUCAGUAGUUUUGUAUAUUCUCUCUUGAUCUUAAAGAUUGUAUCUUAUUGAAUAAAAUAUCCCACUGUGUAUUAUUUUUAUAUGUAAAAGAUAAGUUUAAUACUGUAUCAGGGUUUAACUUUUACUAUUUCAAAUCUUCCGCAGCUUGUAAUUUCAUCAAGGGAAUCCUUUUGCCCAUUGUUAAUUUGUUGAGUGUAAGUCCACCAAUGAAAUGUUAUGUAAAAAUUUUCAAAUUUGCUUUAUAACAGAUUGAAGAAUCUGAAAGAAGUGGAUGAAAGUGAAAAAGCAUACAAAGGAUGUGUCAGUUGCUUUUUCUUUGACAUAUGUGAAGUAGUAUAGUGAUAGCCAUAUGGAAAAGAUUGUGAAGUUACGUUUUUAGCUGGCUAUAUAGUGGUGCUUUUCUUUUCCUUCCCAGUUUUUGUUUUUUUUUUUACAAAAGUGAGGCUUAAGUAGGACAUGAAGCUAGGGUGAUAGGAUUUAUGCACGCCCUAGAGGUAGAGCUGAACAGCUUGUUAGCCAUUUAAGUGCUGGAGAGGGAAAGAAACAAGUUUAGGAAACCCUGUGCCUUGUCCCUGAAUGGUAAAGAGGAGACCCGUCCUAGAGGGUCCAAAGCAUUGCUCAGGGAUCUAGAUGCUGUCUCGUUGCAACUAGGUGUGAAGUAGCGUUCAUGCCUUGCUGAGAUUCCAGGAGUGCGGUCAGCCCCACCAGGUACUGAACUGAAAUUUAAAGAUGAGAUUUCCAAGGUUAGCUCUGACCAACCUGAGAAAAUGUAAAAAUACUAUAAAAAAGGUAUGUAGAAAUUGUAUUCUUCUAAGUUUCUAAUCAACGUAGUUACCUAAUAAUUAACUUCUACUGAUCCAGUAAUACAUAUGUCUGGGACUAGGGGCCAAAAAAUCUCAUAAAUGCAAUAAAUUAAAAAAAAAAAAAA